GAAUGAACGACUGAUCUUUUUGGGGCUGUUCGUAUCGAGUUGAAAACCGUGUUUAGUGGAUUUACGAACUAAUCGCGGUUAGCAAUUAGAACGUGACUUCUACCGGGUAAUUACCCGGAAAUUACUUUGAAAAGGAAAGCUUGGUGACCAAACACUUAGGGAGAAACAACCUCGGUGUUUGAUCUGCUUCUAUAGCUAAGUUAGCCGAUUGGUUUAUUUUAGCCUCAGUGUUGUGCCAGUUGUGACUCAUUUAAAAUUGACGAAGAGAUCGAGAUGGUGAUGCACUACCGCAGUUUGGUACGAAGUUCUGCCAAAUCGCUUCAGUUAUUCAGUUGCUCACGUGAUUGCUCCAGCUAUGUGUCGCGAAUGAGGUACCUUAUGAGAUUGAAGGAGGAUGACGAGGCGUGCCGUAGAGCACUGCAGUCUGGGAAUGUGCUGCUUUAUCAUAAGCUGGCACCACUGCUGAGGCAGCAACAGAAGGGAAUAUACCAGUUAAAAGUACUUCAGGCCACAGAUGUGAAAGGAAUUCUGGGAAAACUGGGGAAGGAUGAACAGCUGUUAAACACAUCUGUCCUUAUUGGCUGUUCAGACGGUGAUAUUGCACAAUUCUCCCUUGAUGUUGGGUGUCUGGAAAAAGAUGCUGUGGAGGAGAUGUGUGGAGGAGUCUUCACUGACCUGAGGAAGGCCUUUUUUCUGCUGGAACAACCAGAUACUCCACUUGUAACCAAGGGACAGGCUCUCCUCCGCUGGCAUCAGACCCAUGCCUACUGCAGUGCCUCUGGGGAGCCUACUCAGAGUAACCAGGCUGGCAGCCAGCGUGUGUGCCUCACAAACGGUGCUACGUACUACCCCCAGAUGGCGCCGGUGGUAAUAGUGUUGGUGUCUGAUGGCAGGAGAUGUCUGUUGGCCCGCCAGUCCACCUUUCCACAGGGGAUGUAUAGUGCACUGGCAGGUUUCUGUGACAUGGGAGAGGUGAUGGAGGAGACUCUUAGGAGGGAGGUGGCAGAGGAGGUGGGACUGGAGGUGGAGUCUAUGCAGUACUCCAGCUCCCAACACUGGCCUUUUCCCCAGAGCUCCUUCAUGGUGGCCUGCCACGCCACCAUCAGCCCGGACAAUGCCGAGAUCAAUCUGAAUGGGGCGGAGCUGGAGGACGCAAGAUGGUUCACGCUGGAGGAAGUUGAAGACGCUCUGAAAAGGAAGCCCCUCCCUCGAAGUGUUAAAGGAGAGCCCACUGCAUUCUGGGUUCCUCCCAGCUACGCCAUAGCCAAUAAACUUAUCAGGGAGUGGGUGAAUCAGCAGAAGAAGCCAUAAAUAAAGGGCAGGAGUCUAGGGCAUUAGGUGCAUUCACAGCACGGAAGUGUCUCAGUUCAAAGGUUCACAUCCUCUUCCUAAGGAAAAUGGCACCUGAGGGAUAUGUGUUUCUCUUUCUGACAGAAGGUGGUGUCUACAAAGGUUAAAGAGGGGAGUUAGAUCUCCUCUGCCAAGUCCUCAACAGAACAAACUUCAGUAGCAAUAGCUUCAAUUGAUGAUCUACAAUUUCAAAUUUAAAAGUCCAGUCCAGUUUAAAAUUGGAUGUUCAAAUUCAAAUUCAAAUCGUAAGUCUAAUGUUCACCUUAAACCUCUUGAAUGUAUUGCCUUCAUUUGUACAUUUUUAUUUUAUAAGCUUGAUAGUUACCUCAGUAAUGUGCCAGGGUGUGAACAGUUGAUAUGGGGGCAUCAUACAGUACUGCUACCUCAUAAAAUAUCCCCUGAAGAUAAUGAAUAUUGUAUUAAAAGGAUGUCACUACUUGAUAUAAUUUACUUGUGCUUUUAUACUUAUCAGUUGUAAUCGGUUAAUAAACUAUAAUAGUUACCCCCUCAAACAA